CGUUUGAGAGUGCGACAUCAUCAUAGUGUUGAAAACCGAUCUCUUCGAUAAAUUUAAGCGAUCGUAAAAUUUUCAACUAGUUGAAGUGCCAUAUCUCUAAUUUAUUAACAUUAAUCAAAAUAUAUUUAAUAAAUACAAUUUUUUUCUGGCCUCGAAAUUUAUUUAUAAAAGUGAUUGUCUUACUUUUAAUACGGACAUUGAAUUCAACGAUCAAUCGAUUGUGGAAAUUAAAAGUUAAAUUUUAAAAAGUGUUUAAAAACUCCAAUUUUUCGUGCAACUUUAUCAAUAAAUCAAAAACUUCAGCGAAGUGAUUAAGAAAUGACAAAUGUGCAGAAAAUUACCAUUUAGUAUUUAGUCCAAUCACUUUAUAAAAUUUGAAAAGAAAGAUUGAAAAUGAAUUUGUCAUUAUCUUCAUCAUAUGAGACAACAGGUGGUAGCGGAGACGAACUCGAAAUGUCGAAAAGAAGUGCAAGUUCAAUGCCGGACGAAUUUCACAUAAGUUCGCCAAAUCACAAGCGUGGGAGGUCAGCAGAACAAAUGCUGAGUGAACUGGCAUAUUUAUCGCCACCGCCUGAACUGGAUGUACAAAAUGGAUCGAUAUAUGCAAAAGUCACGUUACAUCGUGGUUUUCAAUUCGGACCAUAUCCAAUUAAAUGGACAGCAGAACCAACAGACAAAAAUGUGGCCUGGGAGGUGAUCUCUGCUCCAGGUGUAAGUGGCUGGCUUGAACCAGUUCCUCAAUUCAUUCAUUGGCUCAAAGAAAUGAAAACUAUUUUUAUGGAACAUGAAGCAAAUGUUAAAUGUUGCUUCGUUCAUACGGGAUGUUUAUGGUACGAAGUUAUACGUGACAUUCCAGCUGGUGAUGAAUUAUUGCUCACAUCCAAAGUUCCUUUAAAUCUUAAGGAUAUGUUUUAUGACAACAGUGAUAAAGAAACAGGCUCACAACACAGUGGCGCUAUAGAAGAAGAUUUUGGUACAGCUAACGAUCUACAAAGUAAUAAAUGUGAUUUAAAUAUAUCAAUUGACGCAGAUCCAGAAAGUGAAGACGAAACACGAAUUGAAUUCCAGUGUCCAGACUGCGAAAGGCUGUGUGCUGAUCUCGAACAACUUGACAAUCAUUUAGUUUUGUGUCACAACUAUAAAAAAGACGAUUUUCGUUGCGAAAUUUGCUCGCAAGGUUUCUGCUUUCGCCCAUCAUUACUACGACACCGAUCCUUACAACACGGUGAGAUUCGGAGGUUUCCUUGUGAAAAUUGCUCAAAGGUAUUCACUGACGCAUCUAAUUUGCAACGGCACAUUCGUAAUCGGCAUAAAGGUGCCCGUGCUUAUCCGUGCGGUGAAUGUGGCAAAACAUUUGCUACGGAAUCUGGUCGUAAACAGCAUACACACAUUCAUUCAUCUGUAAAACCGUUUCAGUGUGAAGUCUGUUUCAAAGCGUACACUCAAUUCUCGAAUUUGUGUCGUCACAAACGCAUGCACGCAGAUUGUCGCAUGCAAAUCAAGUGUCAGAAGUGUACUCAAAGUUUCAGUACAGUCACAUCGUUAUCAAAACAUAAGCGAUUUUGUGAUACAACUUCGGUUCCACAGUCAACAGCACCUCAACAACAUUCAAAUUCGCUUUCAACACCACCAACUAGUUCAACGCAUUCAAGUCAAUCGUUUUUGGGAUCAACGGUUCCACAAUUACCAAUGGCUUCACGUCCCAAUCCAUUCUUGAUGUUGCCAGGUUCGGCACAAUUCUUUCCCGGUUUUCCACCGUAUCCGGAUUGGCAGCGUAUUUUUCCAAACAAUGCAGCACAAGCGCCAUUCCCAUUGUUGUUUCCACAUCCAUUGGAUCGGCCAAUGCCUGAAAGCAAAACUCCAGUUCGAUCAUUGUCAUCGACUCAAGAUGGCUCAAUCAAAGUAUCACCACCAACAGCUGAAGAAGCUUCAAAUCAUUUAAGACCAUCACCAAGCCGCCCGAUUCCAAUCUCAAUUGGCAUGCAACAUUCUUUGAAAAACCAUAACAACAAUAAUAACAGCUCAAAGAAGAAUAGCAACGAAGAUAGUUAUGUUGUAAACGGCAAUUCACCGUCAUCAAAGGGUCGCAGUACACGCUCGAAAUCUUUCUUAAGCAUUGAAAAUCUGACAAUGAAAAAUGAAUCCAAGAGAACACUAGGUAAUUCUGAUUCCGAAUACAAUUCACCACCGAAACAAAGAAAGUUAUCCGAUGAAGAUGAAAAGGAUAUUUCAACAACUGCAGAGCAACCGCUUGAUUUGUCAUUGAACAAGAGUUCAAAGCGUAGCGAAAGUGGAUCGCCAAUAGUGGAUGAGCCGAAAGGAAAAUUGUUUCACGCUUCACCGACACCAUCACCAUCUCCAGAACCCCUAUCACCGUCACCUCCAAAUCCACCCAUGGCUUAUCCAAGACCAAUUCAUCCUGUUUUAUUGGAAGCAUUUUAUAAUCAACAACGUGGAUUUCAGCGUCCGUUCCCUUUUUUAGGUCAUUUAACACGUCCCGUUGAUAUUUUAAAUAAUGGUACAGCCUUUAAUAAACCUUUUCAUGAUGUGUUGAUGGCAGCUGGUGGAUUUGCAACUGGUUUGUCAAAUAGUCAUCAUAAUGGUGCAAAAAAUAAAGAUCGUUAUGCGUGCAAAUUUUGCGCCAAAGUCUUUCCAAGAUCGGCUAAUUUGACAAGACAUUUGCGUACACAUACCGGCGAACAACCAUAUCAAUGCAAAUAUUGUGAAAGAUCAUUUAGUAUUUCAAGUAACUUGCAACGACAUGUUCGUAACAUUCACAAUAAGGAAAAGCCAUAUCGAUGCCAUUUAUGUGAGAGAUGCUUUGGACAACAAACAAACUUAGAUCGCCAUUUGAAGAAGCAUGAAAGCGAUGUGAAUGGUUUGGGUAUGGGAGCUGGUGAUUCUCCAUCUUCGAAUGAAUUAGAGCCCGAAGAAAACUGUUUCGAUGAAUUUCGUCAAUUUUUUGGGAAAGUAACUUAUUCGGAAGGACUCUACACUCCAAGCAGUGUAGCGACAGCUGAAGGAGGUGAAAUGGAAGACGGAAGCGAUAUUGACGCUGACAUUGUCGUUGAUAAAGAGCCUAUUAACAACAACGAAGCCGUUGAAGUUUCAAUUUAAAAAGUUUUACACAUCUUUUUUUCUCAUUGUAAUGUAAAUAUCAAUGUUGAAUCAUUUGUUUUUAGUAAAAUAUUAAGAUAAAAUUUAUAAUGAAUUUUGUAAUAAACUUAGUUUUGUCGAAAUUGCACUGGUUGAGAUAAAAUUGAAACGAAAAUUCACACUCUAAUAUAUCACGAAUACAUUGAUAAAGAUAAUAAUAAUUCACACAUAUAAAACGGAUAUAUCUCAUGACAUUAUAUUUAAACAUAUAUGAACAUGAUUCAGGAGCUUUAGAGCACAAUAAAUUCAUCUCCUUAAUAUUAUAUUUUCUUUUUUAUAUAUUCUUUUUCUUUAAACUUCAAUGCCACAUAAGGGUAUUUGGUAUUUUAAAUUUAAACGAUAUAAUAUAAACGAAUGCGGACAAUUGCACAGUGCACAUAAAACACUUGACAAAAUCCAUAACCCAAUCCAAAUAUUCUACGAAAACAUUAAAUAUUCUCUGAGCAUAUUACAUACCUGCACGAAGUAAAUUGAGCAUUUGCUUGGUAAAAAGAAGGGAGAAAGAAUUAAUAAAAUUUUGAAGUAAAUAAAUGAAUAGACCAAAGGCAUUAAUAUUAAUUGACCAUAAGUUUUUCGAGGUAGAAUGUUCUCUCGUCAUUCUAUAUAGAAACGGGGGAUAUCUAAUUAAAUAGUUUGUAAAGUAGAAUAUCGAAUCAAAUUCAUCUUAGCAAAUUCUAUCAUAUAAUUUUUUUUUAAAUUAAUUUGAUUGCUUCAAUUAUUUUUAUGAUUUUACUUAUAGAAAUUCCUUAUAAAGCGUGCUUAGGCUAUAAGUGUUAAAAAAGAAAAAUCCAACCAAAACCCCCCGUAUUAUAUAUUCGAUUUUGAAUUUUAUAGGUUAAUAUAUAUCAUAAGUUAAAAAAAAAAAAAACAUAAUUAAAAAAAUACACCUACGUUCCAAUCCGAUUGGAAAACAUUUGCAGUAUUACAACCAAAUGUUUCUCUCUUAGCUUAACUAUUCGAAAAAUCUAGCAAAAAAGUCCCUUCAGAUAAGAUCGUAAUCCACAUUAAAAGUUUAAAAUGAACAAAAAAACACGCAUCUUUUUAAAUAAUAAAUAAAUGACGAUUCUUCAA